AAUUAGACGUAGAUGGAGGAAUUGAUCAAGACAUCUUUGACAUCAAUGAAGCUCUAGGACUAGACCUUUUUGAGGGAGACAUCAAACUUGAUGGGGAACGAAACUCCAUCAUUGGUGAUAAAUAUCGGUGGCCCCACGUUAUCCCCUAUGUCCUUGAUGAUAGCCUAGAAAUGAAUGCUAAGGGACUCAUCCUCAAGGCAUUUGAACGGUAUCGACUAAAAACCUGUAUUGACUUCAAACCUUGGGAAGGGGAGAAGAAUUACAUAUCUGUGUUCAAAGGAAGUGGCUGCUGGUCCUCAGUGGGAAACCGCCAAGAGGGGAUGCAGCAGCUCUCCAUCGGAGCCAACUGUGACAGGAUCGGGACAAUUCAGCACGAGUUCCUGCACGCCCUGGGAUUCUGGCAUGAGCAGUCACGGUCCGACCGGGACGACUACGUGUCCAUCAUGUGGGACAGGAUUCAGACUGGUAAAGAUCAUAAUUUCAACAAAUAUGAUGAUAAAACAUCAGACUCGCUGAAUGUUCCCUAUGACUACACUUCUGUGAUGCACUAUAGCCAAAAUGCAUUCAGGAAUGGAACUGAACCCACCAUCGUCACUAACAUACCAGACUUCAUGGAUGUUAUAGGACAGCGAAUGGAUUUCAGUGAUUAUGAUCUCCAGAAACUGAACCGGCUCUACAAUUGCUCCUCCUCCCUAAGUUUCAUGGACACAUGCAGUUUUGAACUUGAAAAUAUCUGUGGCAUGAUUCAAAGUUCAGAUGAUAACAGUGAGUGGCAGCGUUUGUCUCAGGUUCCUGCUGGACCAAAUACUGAUCACACUAAUAUGGGAGAAUGCAAAGGUUCUGGCUACUUCAUGCAUUUCAACACCAGCACUGGUGCAGCAGGAAGCACGGCUAUCCUGGAGAGUCGAAUUCUGUAUCCCAAAAGAGACUUUCAGUGCUUACAAUUCUAUUUCUAUAACAGCGGUCACGAAAGCGACCAACUGUAUGUCUGGGUCAGGGAGUAUACUUCAGCUCAUCCCAAUGGUACUUUGAGACUAAUUGAAGAGAUAAAAGGUUCACCUGUGAGUUACUGGCAGCUCCAUCACGUUUCUUUGAAUGUUACAAGUAAAUUCAGGGUUGUGUUUCAAGGCACGAGAGGAAGCGGCUUAUCAAUGGGAGGCCUUUCUAUUGACGACAUCAACUUGUCAGAAACUCAGUGUCCCCACCACGUCUGGCAUAUCAGAAAUUUCGCACAUCUCCUCAACACAAGUCCAGCAGGGACAGAAGGAAGAAUAUACAGUCCACCUUUUUACUCCAGUAAAGGAUAUGCUUUUCAGGUCAGCUUGUAUGUAAAUGGUACCACCGAUAACCCAUUUAAUUUAGCAAUGUACUUGCACUUGAUUUCUGGAGCAAAUGAUGACCAGUUGCAAUGGCCCUGCGCAUGGCAACAAGGUACCGUGAUUCUGCUCGACCAGCAUCCUGAUAUUCGUCAACAGAUGUCAAACCAAAGAAGUAUAACAACUGACCCUCUGAAAUUAUCAGAUUCCUCAUCAACUUAUUUUUGGGAUAGGCCAGAUAAAGUGGGAUCUCCGGCAUCUUUUCCCAAUGGAACUACAUUCAUGAGAGGUCCAGGAAGUGGAACGACUGCAUUCUUAACUCAUCAGAGACUUAGAAGCCGCAACUUUAUUAAAGAAGAUGGUGUUUAUAUUCUUUUAACAAUGGAAGAUAUAUCACAUCUACUAUCAACUCAGCCAAGCAUUUCACCCACCUUUGUUCCAGAGAUAGAGGUGCCCAAUUUCUGCCCAGACAACCCUUGUGAAAACAACGGUAUCUGUGUUAUUGUAGAUACAGCACCGGUGUGCAGAUGUCCAGCAGGUGACAACUGGUGGUACAUGGGAGCAAAAUGUGAAAGGAAAGGCUCAACUCGAGAAAAUACUAUAAUAGCUGUUUCUUCAACCAUAAGUGUAUUUGUUGUAAUGCUUAUUGUCACUAUCACAACGGCAGUGUGCCUUAAAAAGAAAUACAGUCGAAGAAAGGAAAAUGGGGAGAGCCUGACUCUAGAAGUAGCCAUGGUGACUAGAGUCAGACAGGAGAUUUAUGGCAGGCUUGAUGGCUACUACAAUACAUGGAAACAGAAAACACCUGCCUUAGACCAGCACUUUCCUGAGAGGGAGAUGGCCACAUUUCAACAUGGGCUGUAG